AUGGAAUUAGUUUCCCCAACAGUGAUUGUACUCCUUGGUUGCGUUGCUCUUUUAUUACUUUUUCAGUGGAAGAACUUGUGUCGACCCCCGUGCAUCGGGGGCUGGAUUCCUUGGAUUGGAGCUGGAUAUGAGUUUGGAAAAGCCCCUUUAGAAUAUAUAGAGAAAGCAAGAAUCAAGUACGGACCAAUAUUUACAGUCUUUGUUAUGGGAAAUCGAAUGACCUCUGUUACUGAAGAAGAGGGAAUUGAUGUGUUUCUAAAUUCCAAAAAAGUAAAUUUUGAACGAGCAGUUCAAAAUCCCAUCUAUCGUACAGCAUCAAUUCCAAAAAAUACAUAUUUUACACUGCAUAAAAAACUCUAUAUUGUGAUGAAAGGGAAAAUGGGGACUCUUAAUCUAUAUCAGUUCAAUGAGCAAUUGACUGAAGAAAUGCACAGACAACUGGAGAAUUUAGGCACUCACGGGACAAUGGAUCUGAACAACUUAGUAAGGCAUCCCCUUUAUCCAGCCACAGUGAAUACGCUCUUUAAAAAAGAUCUUUUUCCCACAAACAAGAGUAAAAUCAUGGAAUUCUAUCAGCAUUUUCAAACUUAUGAUGAAGGUUUUGAGUAUGGGUCCCAGAUGCCAGAAUGUCUCCUAAGAAACUGGUCAAACUCCAAAAAGUGGCUCCUAGCACUGUUUGAGGAAAAGAUUCCAGAUAUAAAAACUUAUAAACCCACAAACGAUAAUUCCCUGACGUUAAUUCAGGCUGUGCUGGAUGUCAUAAAGAUGGAAACACAUGAACAAACAAGUCCCAAUUAUGCGCUCUAACUACUUUUGGCUUCUCUGUCGAGUGCUGUUCCUGUUGCAUUUUGGACACUUGCAUUUGUCCUUUCUCAUCCCAAUAUCCACAAGACUAUUAUGGAAGACAUAUCUUCUGUGUUCGGCUCAGCAGGAAAAGAUAAGAUUAAAGUGUCUGAGGAUGACUUGAAGAAACUCCUUCUAAUUAAAUGGUGUGUUUUGGAAACCAUUCGUUUAAGAGCCCCUGGUGUCCUUGUUAGAAAGGUGGUGAAGCCGGUCAAAAUUUUGAAUUACACUGUUCCUUCUGGUGACUUGUUGAUUUUGUCUCCCUUUUGGCUACAUAGAAAUCCAAAGUAUUUUUCUGAACCUGAGUCAUUCAAACCUGAACGUUGGAAAAAGGCAAAUUUAGAGAAGCAUGCUUUCUUGGACAGCUUCAUGGCAUUUGGAAGCGGGAAGUACCAGUGUCCUGGAAGGUGGUUUACUCUGUUAGAGAUUCAAAUAUGUGUUAUUUUAAUACUUUAUAAAUAUGACUGUAGUCUUCUGGACCCAUUACCAAAACAGAGUUCUCGCCAUUUGAUGGGUGUCCAGCAACCAGAAAGACAAUAUCUGGUUGAGUAUAAACAAAGAAAAUGA